UGGCAGCAGUUAGCUUAGGGCUAAUCUUCCUUGGGAAAAAAAAAAGAAUAUUGUGAUCAUAUACUUACAGGUAUUCAUGCCAAUAGACAAGAAUAACUUGAAAAUAAAUGUUAUUGGUGAAAUUUGUCCACAAAAGUGAUAUAUAGCCAUCUGUGAGACUUUUAGAUCAAGAAACUUUGGAAGUCAACCAUAAGUCAACAUUUGUAAUAACACCUUGCUUGUAUUCUGGUGUUAGUAAGGUAUAGCCACUAUCCAAUUAAUAGGAAUAAGGAAAAUUUAACCUCCUUCCUUUCUGCUUUACAACUAUCUGCAAAAUGGCAGUGAGUGGAAGGUCCAGUCACAGAGACCAGGACUCAGGAGAUGAUGGAAUAUUUUAAAUGGAAUUAAAAAUAUCAUCACUUAGAAAUACUAUGAUCUUUCCAGAUGGAUCAUUUGCUUACAACCCAAGCUGAAUCAAUGGAAAACAUGAACAAUGUAACAGAAUUCAUCCUGCUGGGUCUGACCCAGAAUACAGAACUGCAGAAAGUCUUAUUUGCUGUGUUUUUAAUCCUCUACUUGAUCACAUUGUCAGGUAACCUGCUCAUCUCAGUCACCAUCUUCAUCAGCCCAGCCCUGGGCUCACCCAUGUACUUUUUUCUGUCCUGUUUGUCCAUUAUAGAUGGUUUAUACUCUUCUUCCGUAGCACCCAAAAUGAUCUUUGACUUGAUCUCUGAGAAGAGCACCAUAUCCUUGAAUGGCUGCAUGACUCAGCUCUUUGCUGAACAUUUCUUUGCUGGAACUGAGAUCAUCGUGUUAAUUGUCAUGGCCUAUGACCGCUAUGUAGCCAUCUGUAAGCCCUUGCACUAUAUGACCGUCAUGAAGAGACCUGUGUGUGGUUUCCUGGUGGGAAUGGCUGUAGUUUUAGGGUUUCUUCAUGGAGGGAUCCAGAUUUUGUUCAUGAUCCAGUUACCAUUCUGUGGCCCCAAUGUCAUUGACCAUUUUAUGUGUGAUAUAAUACCUCUUCUGGAGCUGGCCUGCACAGACACUCACACUUUGGGGCCUCUGAUUGCUGCCAACAGUGGGUCUCUCUGUUUGAUCAUUUUUUCUAUGCUGGUUAUUUCCUAUGUCCUCAUCCUAUGCUCCCUGAGGACACAUAGCUCUGAAGGGCGUCACAAAGCCCUAUCUACUUGUGCCUCUCAUGUCACUGUUGUCAUCUUAUUCUUUGUACCUUGUUCAUUUCUGUACCUAAGACCCGUGACCUCCUUCCCUGCUGACAAAGCUGUGACUGUGUUUUGCACCAUAGGAACUCCUAUGUUGAACCCUUUGAUCUACACCCUCAGAAAUACAGAAAUGAAAAAUGUCAUGAAGAAACUCUGGGGGCAAAUAAUGAAAACUGGAGCUAAAUAAAUCUUGUGGUUGGAGUAUCUAGGCAAAAAAAAUCUAGUGAUCUUUUAUAGAGAUUUAUCCUCCUCCUUAGUUCGUUAAACUUGGGACAGUCAAUUAUCCUGCCUGGAUCAGUUUCCUUCAGGAGCCCACAUGUUGUGGACAGGGCUGACAUAUCCAUUAUGGCACAGUGGGCACAGU